AUGUCUGCGCCUCUAUUUCCUCCGCGUUUGGCAUCUCAUUUUGCUCCUGGCACGCCGUCGGCGCCUGGAACACCUGUGCACUCCAUCUCUACGAUCCGUAGAAAGGCAGCAGGCCAUCAUGGGCCUCUGACCAAGAUUCUCGUCGCAAACCGUGGUGAAAUCGCGAUACGCGUUUUCAGAACGUCACAUGAGCUCGCGAUGCACACUGUUGCCAUUUACUCGUACGAGGACAGAAUGUCUGCUCAUAGACAAAAGGCGGACGAAGCGUACCAGGUCGGCAAAGGAUUGACCCCGGUUGCUGCAUAUCUCGCACAAGACGACAUUAUCCGCAUCGCUCUCGAGCAUGGCGUCGACAUGAUCCAUCCAGGCUAUGGCUUCCUCUCCGAGAAUGCAGAGUUUGCGCGCAAGGUUGAGCAAGCCGGACUUGCCUUCGUCGGUCCGUCUCCGGAAGUCAUCGAUGCCCUAGGCGAUAAGACAAAGGCAAGGACUAUUGCGAUGAAGAUCGGAGUCCCCGUCGUUCCAGGAACACCUGGCCCCGUCGGAUCGUAUGAAGAGGGCGCGUCGUUCAUCGAAGAGUAUGGCUUCCCAGUGAUCAUCAAGGCCGCCAUGGGUGGAGGUGGUCGUGGUAUGCGUGUCGUUCGUGAACAAACAGAGUUCAAGGACGCCUUUACUCGCGCCGUCAGCGAAGCAAAGUCGGCCUUUGGAGACGGUACCGUCUUUAUCGAACGCUUCCUCGACAAGCCCAGACAUAUCGAGGUGCAAUUGCUCGCAGAUGGUCAAGGAAACUACGUACAUCUCUUUGAACGUGAUUGCUCCGUUCAGCGAAGGCACCAAAAGGUGGUCGAAGUCGCCCCCGCAACGAAUCUGCCAGAAGAUGUCCGACAGGCUAUCCUGAGUGAUGCACUAAAGCUCGCUGAGAGUGUCCAAUAUCGCAACGCAGGUACUGCAGAGUUCCUGGUGGACCAGAUGGGUCGCCACUACUUUAUCGAGAUCAACCCUCGUAUUCAGGUCGAGCACACCAUCACGGAGGAAAUCACGGGUAUCGAUAUCGUCGCCGCCCAGAUUCAGAUUGCUGCUGGUGCAACGCUCCCCCAACUCGGCCUUACGCAAGAGAAUAUCACAAAGCGCGGAUAUGCCAUCCAGUGUCGUGUCACCACUGAGAACGCGGCGGCAAACUUCCAGCCAGACACCGGCAAAAUUGAGGUCUAUCGUAGCGCGGGUGGCAAUGGUGUCCGACUUGACGCUAGUUCCGGUUUUGCAGGUGCCCAGAUUACGCCUCACUAUGAUAGUUUGCUCGUCAAGGUGACCGUUUCCGGAACGACAUACGAGGUCGCUCGUAGAAAGAUGCUUCGUGCAUUGGUCGAAUUCCGUAUCCGGGGUGUCAAGACCAAUAUUCCAUUCUUGUUCCGACUCUUGACCCACGACGUGUUCAUUGGAGGGCGAACGUGGACUACGUUCAUCGAUGAUACUCCUGACCUUUUCAAGCUGGUUCAGACUCAGAACCGCGCUCAGAAGCUUCUUGCCUAUCUCGGAGAUUUGGCUGUCAACGGAAGUUCGAUCAAAGGUCAAAUGGGUGAACCGGGCCUCAAGACGGAUGUGGUUAUUCCCACACUACAGGAUCGCACCGAUCCAGAGAAUGGUCCGCCGCUCGACACCUCGGUUCCCUGCGAGGUUGGGUGGCGCAACAUUAUCGUCAACCAGGGACCAGAGGCGUUUGCGAAAGCUGUUCGCCAAUAUCCUGGAACGCUCAUCAUGGACACGACCUGGCGCGAUGCCCAUCAGUCGCUGCUCGCCACUCGUCUCCGUACGAUUGAUAUGGUCAACAUUGCAAAGGAGACGAGCUGGGCUUUGGCAAACGCAUACUCCCUUGAAUGCUGGGGUGGUGCAACCUUUGACGUCGCAAUGCGUUUCCUCUACGAAGAUCCAUGGGAGCGCCUCAGGACUCUUAGGAAGCUUGUUCCCAACAUUCCCCUGCAGGCCCUUGUCCGUGGCGCAAACGCAGUCGGAUAUACCAGCUACCCGGAUAAUGCAAUCUACGACUUCUGCAAGAAGGCAGUCGAGAAUGGUCUUGACAUCUUCCGUGUGUUUGACUCACUAAACUACAUCGGUGAAAAACGUAUGUCGAGCAUAAAGAUGAAACUCGGCAUCGACGCGGCCAAGAAGGCUGGUGGUGUCUGCGAGGCGGUUGUUUGCUACAGUGGAGAUGUCGCCGAUCAGAACAAGAAGAAGUACACUCUAGAGUACUAUCUCGACUUUGUGGACCAACUCGUCGCCGAAGGAAUUCAUGUGCUCGGUAUCAAGGAUAUGGCUGGUUUGAUGAAGCCAAUGGCCGCCACUCUUCUCAUUGGUGCCAUUCGCAAGAAGUAUCCUGAUCUCCCAAUCCACGUCCACUCUCACGAUACUGCUGGUAUUGCAGCUGCGACGAUGAUUGCAGCCGCCGUUGCCGGAGCUGACGUCGUCGACGUGGCCAUUGAUAGCAUGUCUGGUGUGACCUCCCAGCCUUCGAUGGGUGCCGUUUGCAUGGCACUUGAGCAGACUACACUCGGAACUGGCAUUCGCUACGCCGAUAUUCAGGCAUUGAAUCUCUACUGGAGCCAAGUCAGACAACUUUACAGCUGCUUCGAGGCAAACGUGCGUGCUUCGGACUCUAGUGUGUUUGCACACGAGAUGCCUGGUGGUCAAUAUACAAACUUGAUGUUCCAAGCUUCUCAGCUUGGCCUUGGCACACAAUGGUCGGAGAUUAAGAAGAAAUACAUUGAAGCGAAUCAACUCUGUGGCGAUAUUAUCAAAGUCACCCCGUCCUCCAAGGUUGUCGGCGACUUUGCUCAGUGGAUGACUUCAAACAACCUAACUGCUGAGCAAGUCAAGGCUCAAGCAGAGAAUCUAGACUUCCCGUCGUCUGUCGUCGAGUUCUUCCAAGGAUAUCUCGGUCAACCUUAUGGCGGUUUCCCCGAACCACUCCGCACGCACAUUAUCCGCGACAAGCCACGUAUUGAUGGUCGACCGGGCGCCAACCUUCCACCAAUGGACUUCAGGAAGAUGAAGGCAGAUCUCAGAGCCAAGUUUGGCAAACACAUUACCGAUGUCGAUGUCAUGUCAUACGCGAUGUACCCCAAGGUAUUCGAGGAGUAUCAAGGCUUUGUAGAGAAGUUUGGUGACCUCAGCGUCAUUCCAACCCGCUACUUCCUGGGUCGCCCUGAUAUUGGCGAGGAGAUGCACAUCUCGAUUGAGAAGGGCAAGAUGCUCAUCAUCCGCUUGAUGGCAAUUGGUUCGGUCACAGAGGGCAAGGGAACCCGUGAUGUCUGGUUCGAGGUCAAUGGUGAAGUCCGUGCCGUCCCGGUAGAGGAUCGCUCGGCAGCCGUCGAAACUGUAUCCAGAGAGCGAGCUACAACGGAUCCUGGCUCGGUCGGUGCACCGAUGUCUGGUGUUGUUGUCGAAGUUCGCGUCAAGGAAGGCCAGGAGGUUAAAAAGGGCGAUAUUCUCUGUAUCCAGAGCGCGAUGAAGAUGGAGAGCGCCGUCUCUGCUCCUGUUUCUGGACAUGUCAAGCGGGUAGUUGUCCACGAAGGCGAUUCCCUCAACCAAGGAGACCUCGUUGUAGAAAUAGUGCAUUAG